UUCAAUGAUCUAUAGUACAUUUCAAUUGGCGGUGGUAUUAGUAGUUCCAUGGUACAAUAAGUAGUUCUAACAAAUUUCGCCUUGGACAUAAGACCUACUUUGUGGUACAAUUUGACACAUUCAAUCAAAAUCUUGAAAAUGCGAUUCCGAUUUUGCGGCAACGGCGACUGCCCCGACUGGGUCCUCGCCGAAAUCAACGCGCUGUCCCGUCUCUCAUCGGUCAAGCUGAAGCUGCUCGGUCAGAUCGUCGCCCAGGGAAUAAUCGACUCAUCUAUCGAGAUGGCCAAAGCGGAGAAGCUGUUCUCAGAGUCCAAGCUGGAUUCCGAUAUCAAUCUUAAGGCGUGCAUCGCCUGCGUCUCGUUUAUUAUCUCGUCGACGGCGCGAUACAACUGCGAUCACGGCGUGUUAUUUACAGAGCUGCAGCAACUGGGUUUACCUCGGGAGCACAGUAUGUCCUUUAAAAAGGUGAUGGACGAGUACGGUACCGCCUUGGUGAACCAGUUGAGGAGCGCCUCAUUGACCGUGAAUAAGCUACAGGGUGCGUCAGUAGAAGUGGAUGGUACAACUCAGUUGACGAACUUGCGAAUUACUGUUGAUGAAAAGGAACACUCUAUGUUUCUUUCACGUGGGACGGUUGAGGCGCUGUUAGAAAAUUUGAAGCAAGUCCGUUGUACAAUGAACGAAUUAGUGAAUAGUCCUUAUAGCUCCUAGUGUUAAUCUUGUGCUUUGCCUCUAUGAUAGGAAACAAUUUUUGAAUGUGUAUUCAUUUUGCGGGUUGUUGUACUGAUGUGCCUUAUGACUUAGAUCGGUUACUCACAUAAAGAGCGAUCAGUAGGUGCACUGAAACGGUCAUAUUGUAUAGAAGCUGUCUGAUUACCUACUUAAGAAUUAAAUAAAUAAAAAACCAUAAA